GCUUCGGGCAGAGAUAAUAAUUCGGGAACCCGCAUUCUAGUAUUGUACAUAUAUUAUGAUGUAGAUGCGUUCACGUGUUCAGCUGUUCAAAAACGCGGGACAUUUCCCUUGAAUCGGCGAACAAAUCCGACUUCUAUGGUUAAAUAAAUUUUAGUUAAUUAAUAAGUUGAAUUACAUGGACCAAUUUAAUUUAUCCAUUAUUUCUACAAAUUUCAAUUAUUAAAGUCUUAACAUCAGUGGUGAAAUCGUCGUUAUUAAAUGAGGGUAAAUGUGAUCGUGCUAAUAGAGCUAGGUUAUACCCAUAUGAAUGAGCGACCCUCAUUAUUCAAUUAAUUGAUCAAAUGAAUGUUCCAAUUCCAUUCUUUAUGAGAGAAAAUGUCAAGUGAUAGUUAUCAUUCUACACAAGACACCAGUAAUUCCGAGUUUACUUCAUUCACAGAAUCAGCUUUUCAACAGUUUGAUGACACUAUCAAUAACAACAGUGAUAGUGACGGUUCCAUUGAACCCUGCGAUGUAUCAAAAAUGAUCGAACGCGAUUUAGAAACUAUUUUGCACACAACAGUACAAAAUAAGACAGUUAAUGAAUUUGUAGAUAAUAUUUUCGAGGACUCGGGGCAGUGGUGUAACGCAUCAAUAUUCAAUAACGCAACAACAGAUAUUUCCUUCGUAUCUGAAACAACAGAGGACUUCCAAGAUGAUGAUUCAAGACAGAGUACGGAAGUGACAGAAAAUUCGCAUAUUGAUCUGAUGACGAGUAAGAUUCUACGUCCAGAAACUUCGGCCUUCUCUCUCAAUCAAGUUGAACUCGAUGAAUUGUGUUCAGAGUUUGAAAAGGAUGACCUAUAUUCAACGAAAUUGGAGCAACAAUUAGAGGAUAAUCAUUGUGGUGAAAAACCAGCUGUUAGAGUUGACGUUAAUGUUAAUGAUGAGAAGGCCCUGGGUGCAUUUCAUGGGCUUUCUGAUAAAAUUAAAUCACUGAUCUUCAGGAUUAAGAAAAUUCGCUCACUCUAUGAUUGGCAAGAUGAGUGUCUGAGAUUAAAAUCUGUGAUGAAUCGUAGGAAUUUAAUUUAUGCUCUCCCAACGAGUGGUGGCAAAACUCUAGUAGCAGAAAUCUUAAUGUUAAGGGAAAUUACGUGCAAUAAAAAAAAUGCUAUAUUUAUUCUACCAUUCGUUGCAAUUGUACAGGAAAAGAUUCAGUCAUUGGCUCCAUUCGCUGUAGAAUUGCAUUUUCUAGUCGAGGAAUAUGCUGGCAGUAAAGGUGGAUAUCCCCCCAUCAAAAGAAGACGAAAGAAUAGCCUCUAUGUUUGCACAAUUGAAAAAGCCCUAGGAUUGAUUAAUAGCCUAAUCGAAACCAACAGAUUGAAAGAAAUUGGGAUGAUCGUAGUCGAUGAAUUACAUUUGCUAGGGGAGGAUGGAGGCAGAGGCGCAACUCUGGAGGGAUUGUUAGCAAAAUUAAUGUACAUUAAUGUUGACAUUCAUAUUGUGGGUAUGAGUGCCACAAUAGGGAAUUUGAAUGAAGUGGCGGAGUUCCUGAAUGCAGACGUGUACACACAAAAUUUUCGACCUGUGGAAUUGAAAGAAUAUAUCAAAUGUGAGGAUCGUAUAUGGUUGAUAAAUACUAAAGAAGAAGAUAUCUUUACUGAUGAGAAGAAGAUCAAUUAUCAAUACUCUGAAGCAGCAUUGAAACAAGACCCAGACAAAAUCGGCGGUCUCGUUAUGGACGUAGUGCCUAAGGACUCCUGUCUCAUCUUCUGCGCGACUCGAAAAAACUGCGAGAACGUUGCCCUCCUCUUGACUCGGGUACUAUUCAGAUCUCUAGUGGAAUACAGAGCAUUGGAAAAAGAGAAAUUACGAGCAGCUCUGGAGGCUGAAGGUCAGCUUUGUGCAGUUCUAUCGAAAACUAUAAAGUUCGGAGUGGCUUAUCAUCAUUCGGGCUUGACGAAUGAGGAGAGGAGGCUUGUGGAAGAUGCCUACAGGGAGGGCACCCUCUCUGUCAUUUGCUGCACAUCAACUUUGGCAGCUGGGGUUAAUCUGCCCGCCAGAAGGGUAAUUCUGAGAAGUCCCUAUGUAGGCAAUGAAUUCUUAAACCUCAGUAGAUACAAACAAAUGGUGGGUCGAGCUGGACGUGCAGGAAUGGGUGAAGUUGGAGAGAGUAUUAUCCUCUGUAAAGCUGCAGAAAUUCCGAAGAUUCGAAUGAUGUUAACAGCAAAGAUGGAUGAUUGCCUCAGCUCACUCCACACCGAGCAAGAUCGUGGGCUGAAUAAUCUCCUAUUAAGCUCUGUGAUGUUAUCAUUAGCAAGUAAUCGAGAUGAACUGCACAAACUGGUCUCUAUGUCUCUCUUGGGGAUUCAAUCCUCUCGACUGAACGUUGACAUUGAACAAAUCGUCGACAGGGCGAUAAUUUCUUUGAUAAAGGCACGACCAUUAAAAGUGAAGGAAAUCGAUGAUAAUGAAACUAUUGCGAGUAUUAUCAUGGAAUCGCAUUUCACUGAUGAUUCGACCGUCGAGCCAAAACCGAAGAAAGCGAAACAAUCGAUCAUCCUUACUAGAAAAAGUCCAUUGGAAUUGUCGACUUUGGGGAAAGCUGCAAUGAAAGGUUCGAUUGAUCUGCAAACAGCCUAUUACCUCCACGAGGAUUUGAAAUUGGCCCAGCGUCACCUCGUCCUCACGAAUGAUCUCCACGUUCUCUAUCUAGUCACUCCCUACGAUGUAGCGAAUCAGAUAAAACCUGUGGGUUCAGUCCUCUACGAUGUGAUCAUGAGUUUUUCACCUCUAACAAUGCAAGUCCCAAAAGUCUUAGGGCUUACCGAAACUGUGCUGAUGAAACUACGGGAAGGGAUAACGCCAAAAAAUAUCUCAUCACGAGUUAUUCAUAGAUUUUACCUGACGAUAAUGCUCCAUGAAUUACAAAAAGGAGAGACCGUUCAUUUAGUUGCUGAGAAAUUUCAAGUGACCCGAGGAGUUACCCAAAAUCUUGUCAGCUCUGCAGCUUCGUUUGCCUCUUCAGUCGUCAGAUUUUGCCAGGAGAUCCCAGAAUUUUGGGCUUUUGCCGUUUUUUUGAAGUCUUUCAGUAAGAGGCUGACCAUGUGUUGUGUAAAAGAGCUAGAUACACUGAUGGAACUACCAGCUGUGAAAAUAGGAAGGGCUAGACAAUUGUACGACGCUGGGUUCAAAACACUUCAGUCAAUUGCCUCUGCAACUCCCAACGAUUUGCAGAAGAAUUUGAAAUACGUUUCGAGGAAAACUGUUGAGCAGAUUAUUGUUACGGCGAAUUUAAUAUUGAUGGAGAAAGUAGAGAACCUUAAGGACGAGUAUGCAGAGUUGAUGGAGGGCUUGCAGGCGAGCUAAUUCUCUCAACAAUAGAGUACAAAAGACUUAUAAUCUAUCAUGAGGCGCAAAUAUACAGUUUACGUGCAUAAUUGAUGAAUCAUGAUUUACUUAUUGAUAUUCCUGAUAAAUAUUGUGUCAUUCAGAUCAAUAUAUUGGAAGAAUAAUAUAUUGAUUAAGCAGGCACAUAGAGUACUAAUCCAUAAUAUAAUGCGUAUUACAAUGGUACACCGAAUUUGUUCAUUUUGUUCAGAAGAAAAAUAUUCUAACUAGUGAAUAGAAUAUGGUUUCAAACGAAAAACUAGAAUUUUUUUUUGUUAAAGAGACAUUCUGAGUAGAAAGUAAAAUAAUAAACGAAUUGUUCGAGAUCGACAAUAAUCAUUAAUUUGUUAAUAUUUUUAGAAAUAAUUCGAAUCAUCAGCUUCAAUAGUCAAUUGCUAUUCGCAAUUUUCCGAUUCUUUCAUCAAUCGGCAAUCACAACAAAAGAUUGUGCAUUGAAUUCGUCUUCAACAAUUACUAUUAGGUUUUUCAGGUCCCCCAUAGACAUUAUCACGAAUUCUAAUUACGAAAAAAAAUAUUAAUUUGUGAUAAAA